UAUUUUGUUUUUAAUUAAAAAAAAAAAAAACAUCUCAAAAGUGAACGAAAAUAAAAAGAAUUGUAAUUUUAUUGAAAUUUUAAUUGUCCUCUAUACUCCUUACUAGAAAUAAAUAUUAAUUUUAUAAUAUAUAGAUGUAGUAAGUUCAUUUCCGGUUACCGGCAUUUUCUCGUGCACGUGUUACAUAUAGUUCGUUCAUUUCUUUUUUAUUCUGAAAAAGAAAUUCUCUGCUUUGUGAUAAGCUCUCUCUUUUUCUUUUUUUUUGUGAAAAAAUGUUGCCAAGAGGAAAGAAGAAAACAUUAUCGGAGGAGAUUAAUAAUUUGAUGACAAUAGAGGAGACAAAUUUCGAUUCCGAUGACGAUGAAUUAACAAAAGCAAAAACAGUCGAAUGUGACGAUAGUGAAAUUUCCGAUGAUGAUUAUCGUUUAUCUAAUAUUCGUACAAAAACUGCUCCACUUUUAGCAGAUGAAGAUGAGAGAUAUGCUGGCAAGAAAAUAUCAAGAAAAGCGGCAUUCGGCAAUCAAUCAGAUGACGAUGAUUCAAACGAAGAAUUAUCAUCUGAUGAAAAUCAAUUAAUUUCCGAGGACGAUAAUUCGAUUUCCGGUUCGAAUAAUGAAACAUCUGAUGAAAAUGAAAAUUCUCUAUCUGAUAAUUUUGAUAAUGAUAAUGAUUCAAAUGAAAAUUCUCAAUCAGAUUCGGAGGAAAAUUUCGACGAUGACGACGACGACGACGACGACGAUAAUUCAUUUGAAGAAACAACAAAAGGAAUAAAAAUUAUUUCCAAUGCAAAUAAUAAUUCUGAAAUUGAAAAAGGAAAAUGUGUGAAAAAUCAAUUGGAACGUUGGGAGAAAUUAUUGAAAACAAGAAUUUUAAUGCAAAAAUCACUUGCAAUUAGCAAUGAAAUGCCACAAUAUAAUGUUUAUAAAAAUUACAUGUCCAAUUCUGAUAUUCAAGAAAUAAAAAUAAAAACAAUUAAUGAAACAACAAAAUUAUUGGAUAAUCUUUUAGAAUUACAGAAUCAUUUUUUGAAAAAUAAUUCCGAAAUAAAGAAAUUUCAAACUAAAGGAAAUAAACGAAAUGCAAAAGAAGAAGAGGAAAUUUUAACUGACGAUUCAAUGGACGAGGAAAUAACAUCCGAUUCUGAAAAUUCAGAUGAAAUUUCCGAAAAUGAUUCCAAAAUUGAAGAGCAAAAACCAAUGAAAAAAAGAAAACUCGAAGAUUAUGAAAAAAUAAUAGCAAAAAAUCAUCAAGAAUUUCUUCAAUAUCGUAAUUCGGUGAUACAAAAAUUUGAUGAUAAAACAAAAAUAUCAACGGGAAAAGCAAAUAAAAAUACAGGACAAAAUCAAUCGGUUUUGAAACAAAUUGAAUAUGUUCUUAAUGAUCGUGAAAAAUUAUUAAAAAGAACACGUUUGAAACGUUCAAAUUAUAAUACACUUGGUAAAGUAAUUUUAAAUGAAAUGGAUCAAGACGGAAGACAUGUACAAGACUAUGAUGGUGAAAUAUUUGAUGACGAUGAUUUUUAUCAACAAUUAUUACGUGAGGUAAUUGAAUCAAAAUGUGCGGAAAAUACUGAUCCAAUGCAACUUAGUAGACAAUGGGCACAAUUGCAAAAUAUGAGAAAUAAAAUGAAGAGAAAUAUUGAUACACGUGCAACGAAAGGAAGAAGAAUUCGUUAUGUUGUACAUCAGAAAUUGGUUAAUUUUAUGGCACCAAUUACUUAUAAUGAUUCAUGGACGGAUAGUGCAAAAAAUGAAUUGUAUAAUUCACUUUUUGGUAAGUCUGGCAAUAAUUAAUUUUUUGAAAGUGUAGAGGGGAUGAAAAAUAUUGCAAAAAUUUAAUUUGAGAAAAAAAAAAUUAUUGUUAUUUUUUUUCUCAUCGACAUUAUUUUUCUUUUUUCGACGUAAUUUUGAUGUUAAUAUUAAAGAAAAAUUACAGCGAUGUGAUUUUAAAAAAGAAAAUUCCUUUUUCCUGUUCAUCUUUUUAUAAUAUUUUUAUUCAACUUCAGGAAUUUUAUGGAUCAAUUUUUUAUUAUAAAAAUUUUGUUUUAGUUUAAAAGUAAAAUUCUUUUUUUGAAUUAAAUAAUUUUUAAAUUA